AUGGUGCUACAUUCUAGCUUCACCAUUGCGACCAACCUCGAUCUCAACUACAGCUGCGGCCGGUCAAGCAGUGGCGGCAGGGAAGAACUGAUGCUCAUCUUCAUUGUCAUGGUCAUCGCAGUCAUUGGUCUCGCGCGGAGUCCGACUCAGCCUGUGUCCUUCGUCCUCAGUUUGGAGCGCCCCAUUCCAGCAGUCACUCUUUAUUUCUCCUCACCCGUGCUUCAACGACGGCAUCAAUUCGUGCACGGCAUGAUCGGACGGUUGAUCCCCCUGGGCCUGGCGGCCAUCGCGGGUGCCGCUGUUAUUCAAAGACAUCCACAUCCACCGCGAGCGGACCCUCGGUUGAUCACGGCGCAAGAUGGACCCAUCAUUCUAUCGUCAACUACGACGGAGAGCGGCAUUCACGUUAUCGACUACGGGGCCAACGUGGAGGGUAUCCCGGCGUUUGAGGUCGUGAGCGCCACGGGCGAGGCGCCGGUCCUCGAGAUCACGUACGCGGAAAGCAAAGCCGGUCUGGAUUCGUAUAUGAGCGAUGGACCAAUCCCGCUAGCGGCAGCCAUGGACACGUACCGCAUUAACCGUCACAACAUUCUUGCCCCGGGCCAGUUCACCCAUCGCCAUGUCCAGGGGGGCUUUCGAUACCAAAAGCUGAAUCUGACUUCGCCCGGUGAACUGAGGUUACGCAACGUUGGCGUGAUUCCAACCACCCACACGACUCCGAUCGACAAGCUGCCCGGUUCGUUCAAGAGCUCCGACGACACUAUUACGAACAUCUGGGCCGUCGGCGCCAGGUCUAUUCAGCUGACCGAAAUCCCCAAAGAUUCUGUCCCCGAGUUUUGGGAAAUCACCAGCGAGGGCGCCGUAAUCGACAGUCUUGCGCCCCAGGCCAACGGGGCCCUGGUCGCCGUCACCAGUACGGCCUACAAUCUCGAUUUCAAGGUCAAACCGCUGAUUGGCGGCUUCGGGUUCAGCGUGCUGUCUGACACUCUCAACUCGGCAAUCUACAUGUCCGUUGAUAUCGGAGCGAGGACCGUUGUGGCCUACGUCGGGUCGACUACCGAGGACACCGAGCUCGCGAGGGUUACGGUCCCGUCGAAUGUGACGCUCGCUCUUGGUAGUUGGCACUCUGUGCACGUCGGGGUCGCCAUGACCGACGUUGCCGUCAGUAUCAACGGCGCGCCGGUAUUCGAGUUUACCCAGUACUCCAAGUUCUAUGGCUCCUACGGCCUCGGUGCUUCCUUUGGCCACAAGGCUACCUUUAGAGACCUGGUCGUGACCGACCCCGCGGGCUCCGUCACCUACGAGCACCCCCUGACCGACAAGAGCUGCCUGGACGACUUUUUGCUGGGUACCAACCCUCUCCCUGUGUCCGUUGACGGCUCGCGCCGAGACCGUAUCGCGUAUGCUGGCGACCUUGACGUUGCCGGCUCUGCCGCUUUUACCUCUACCCAUGGGCUGGAGUUUGUCGAAGGUGCCCUUGAGUUGUUCGCAUCGGUGCAGGCCGCGCCAGGGUUUUUCACGCCCACAGUCAAGAUACAGCAAGAGCCGCUUUCGACCCCCCUGGAUGUCAACAUCACCGGCCUGAUAGGAUACUCGUGGAACCUGCUCACGGCUGUCUCUCAGACGUACACGCACACGGGCGAUCUCGCCCUGGCCUCGGAGUGGGCACCCAGGAUUGUGAGAAUGCUCGAUUGGUCGCACUCGCAAACGCUGCCCAACGGUCUGUUCAACCUCAGCGACGCCAGCUUCGGCGGGGACUGGAAUUACUACGACCCGGCCCAGUCUGGAGUCGUCACCAAGUUCAAUGUCCUCUACGCCUACUCGCUCCAAGAGACGGUCGGACUCUUGGCCGAUGCUGGUGUUGACGUCUCGGUAUACCAGGACCGCCUCGCUGCGCUGCGAGCAGCUAUUGAUGAGAACCUCUGGAGCGACGAGCUGGGCGCGUACGUCUACUCGGACGGCAUCCGGGACGGGUUCGGCCAAGACUCCAAUGCCAUCGCCAUUCUAGCCCACGUCAACCUGAACCCGUCACACUCGACCGAAACCAUCUUGUCGACCCUUUCUCGAGAGCUUGCCACGCCCAGCGGCCCGCUCGCCUUCUCGCCCGGCGUCCUCCAGCACGGCUUCCAGCGGUACAUCAGCCCUUACGCCUCGGCAUACCAUCUCCGCGCUGCCCUUGCCUCGCAAAACGCUACCGCUGCCCGGGAGCUGCUUGGCUCCCUGUGGGCGCCGAUGGCCGAUGUCAACAACGCCAACUACACCGGCUGUUUCUGGGAGACCCUGGACGGGUCCGGCCGCCCCGCGUUCGGAGUCCAUACGAGCCUGUGCCAUGCGUGGGCCGCGGCCCCGACGGCUGAGCUGAGCCGGUUUGUGCUCGGUGCCCAGCCCACCAAGCCCGGCUGGGGCGAGUGGGCAGUCGCUCCGCAGACUCUUGGUCUUAGCUGGGCUCAGGGCAACGUGCCCACGCCUCUCGGUGCUGUCCGUGUAAACUGGAAGUUUUGUGGAACCCUCCUGACCAUGUCUGUCGAGGCUCCUGCGGGCACCACGGGAACGGUCACUCUCCCGUCCCCGCUGCUGGUUCCGGCGUCCCAGUCCAAGUUCACUCUGAACGGUUCUGUUGUCAACAGCACGAUCAUAAGGGUUGAGGGCGGUUCGAAGGUCACCAUUGUGCAGUCGAGGAAGUGA